CGUACUUUUGUUCGUUAUAGUCGUGUGUGCUUAGACCUUCAGAAAUGUGUUUUUCACGUUUACCCUUGAUCAGAAAAUUACGACUAAAGUCCGGCGUAGCUACUUCGUAAUUGGUUCGUUUCCCCAUCAACUACAAUAUACAACCUGUGAUUGGUUGAAGGGCGGGUGUUACGUUGAAUGAAUACAGGAAGUAUACAGCAUGAGACAGUGAGACUGCAAUUUGACGUUCGCCGGAGCUAUUGAGGAAAAUAAGGACACAAGCUGUUGAUUCUUCAUCGUCAGUGUUAAACGUCAGACUAAAGAUGGUGGACUCCCAGUACUACCUCCCAAAUGAGAUUGGCGUCUCUUCACUUGACUGUGGCGAGGCCUUCCGUUUGCUUUCACCCCAGGAGAAAAUGUAUUCUCACUACCUGUCACGCGCCGCUUGGUAUGGUGGUCUGGUAGUGCUGCUGCAGACAUCUCCAGAGUCGGCAGAUAUCUUUGUCUUGCUGCAGAGAAUCUUUAAGAAGCAGACGCCUGCACAGCUGGAACAGGUCGCCACAGCAACUGGACUCAGCUCCGAGGAAUACCAGGCAUUCUUGGUGUAUGCAGCUGGUCUGUAUGCCAACAUGGGAAACUACAAGUCUUUUGGAGACACCAAGUUCAUCCCGAAUCUACCCAAGGAGAAGCUGGAAGCUCUGGUGAAGGCCAGCCAGGCAUUUCAGGAGCAGCCCACUGAGAUGCAGGCUCUGUGGGACAGCUGCUCCUGUCUCCUCUACUCCCUGGAAGACAGACAGAAACAGCUGGGCCUGGGGAACAAGGGAAUUACCACCUAUUUCUCAGGAAACUGCGAUCUUGAGGACGCUGAGCUGGCUCAGAAGUUUCUCGACUCGAAAAAACUGUCAGCUUACAACACCCGUCUGUUUAAGAGGGACAAUGGAGGUAAAGCCUGCUAUGAGGUGCGCCUGGCGUCAGCUGUGCAGAAAGACUGCGCAGUGGAGGGGGAGUGCGACUCGUGCUGCGGCUGCUUCAACUUUGAAGACAAAGAGUUCACUGUGAAGAGGGGCGACUACGCUCCUCUCAUGGAGAAAGUCUCUUAUUACCUCCAGCAAGCACAGGCCUACGCUGCCAAUGAGAACCAGAAAAAGAUGCUUGAAGAGUACAGUAAGAGCUUCACCUUUGGCUCGGUCGAAGCCCAUAAAGAGGGCUCGCGCUACUGGAUCAAAGAUAAGGGACCAAUUGUUGAGAGUUACAUAGGAUUCAUAGAGAGCUACAGGGACCCAUUUGGCUCCAGAGGAGAGUUUGAAGGUUUCAUUGCGAUUGUCAACAAGGCAAUGAGCGAGCGUUUUGCCAAACUGGUGAACUCAGCGGAGGUCUUACUCCCCGAGCUGCCGUGGCCGAGGGAAUUCGAGAAGGACACUUUUCUCAAACCGGACUUCACCUCGCUGGAUGUUCUCACCUUCGCCGGCAGCGGAAUACCAGCUGGCAUCAACAUCCCCAACUAUGAUGACAUCAGACAGUCGGAGGGCUUUAAAAACGUGUCACUAGGCAACGUGCUGGCUGUAGCCUAUGCUACACAAAAAGAAAAGCUCACCUUCCUGGAGGAGGAGGACAAGGAUUUGUUCAUCAAGUGGAAGGGUCCGUCAUUCGAGGUGCAGGUUGGACUUCACGAGCUGUUGGGUCAUGGAAGCGGCAAGCUGUUGGUCCAGGAUGACAAGGGCGAAUUCAACUUUGACAAGAGUAAAGUGACCAACCCAGAGACAGGAGAACCAGUGUCCAGUUGGUAUCGAGGCAGCGAGACGUGGGACAGCAAGUUCUCCACGAUUGCUUCUUCUUAUGAGGAAUGCCGCGCUGAGUGUGUCGGACUCUAUCUGUGUCUCAACAAGCAAGUGCUCAGUAUUUUUGGCCACGAUGGCCAGGAUGCAGAUGAUGUGGUGUACGUUAACUGGCUCAGCAUGGUCAGAGCUGGACUGUUGGGUCUGGAGUUCUACACACCUGAGAGCAAGAGCUGGAGACAGGCUCACAUGCAGGCUCGUUUCGUUAUCCUGCGUGUCCUGCUGGAGGCCGGGGAGGGCCUGGUGGGCCUGGAGGAAGUGACAGGACCAGACGGCAAGCCUGACGCCCGAAUCACCCUGGACAGAAGCAAGAUCCACACUGUGGGCCAUAACGCCAUCCACAGGUUCCUCCGUAAAUUGCAGGUCUUGAAGGCAACAGCAGAUGUGGAAGGAGGCAGGGCUCUCUAUGACGGCUACUCCACUGUCAGCGACAGCGGUGCUCACAACUUCUUGCGUCUCCGGGAGACGGUCCUGCUGAGGAAGGAAGCUCGUAAGAUGUUUGUCCAGGCCAACACCAAAGUCAAUGGAGACAGUGUGGAGCUGGUUGAAUAUGAAGGCAGUGUGGCAGGUUUGAUUCAGUCCUUCACGGAGCGCUUCCAGGAUGACGCGGAGCAGCUGGAGACCGACCUUCUGGAGCUGUGCAAAAGAGACGCCCCCUGCUGGUGUUGAUGUAUAGACUGAUGAUCUGCUCCAUAGGCUUCAGAGAUACCAACUAUAAUCAGAUUGCUUUAAACCGUAUAUUAAAGCAAAUUGAUUGGUAACGGAUGUUAGAACACACAAAACUGCAAAAUGAUCCAUAUCCUUUAAGGGGAGACUUCUGAAGAGACUAAAUUAAAAGGUUCAUACAAUACAACAAAGCCAUAAGAAUAGAACACAUCUGCCAAAGACACCAGCCACAGUUUUUUUGUAGCCAUGACUCCAAUGUCAGGUGCUGUCUUUGAUAACACGAUCAAAUACCAGUAAAUGCUCUGAUACGACACCACGACUCUGUUAGAUGCAUUUAGGACGCAUGUUUUUCUAAUAACCAAUAUUAAGAACUGUCCAUUAAACCAAUGCUGCCUGACAAUAUAAAUGGUUCCUGGGUAUAAACACUUUUACUCUACAAUAAUGGCAUGGUCAGAAUAAGGCUUUAAUCUUCACAAAAUGAUCAUUAUGACAUGUUUGUCUUUGCUCAAUAUGAUGUCAAUGAAGUGAUUUUUACAGUCAGCUUUUGGCUAAAAAUAUCCCAUCCUCAGCUUGUUUGGUGGGCCUUGUUGUUGGUGAUGACUUCACAGGUUUAGACUUGACAUGACAUGACAGCUUAAAGUUGACUCCAAGGCAAAAUAAAAAAAACUUAAUGUGAUUUUUUUUGCCAGGUUUGGAAAAAGUAAUUCACGGCUGAUUACUUGACAAUAUAAAACAAAAUACUGCUCUGAAAGGCCUAGAAGAAUACUGUACGUAAGAAAUGUGGUGUUGAAUCUGCACAAAUAAAAUUUGUUUGAUAA